GUUGUGAACGAACCACGGACUCUUGUGCCACUCCCGCGCACCGCGACCCUCGGACGACCUUGAGCAUUCGGCCCAUUCGAAAGACGAACGCGAUGUGGUUCAGUAUUCUGGUAUACUUGGUCUACUACAGUUGCUACACGGUGCUGCUGGCGAUCGCCGGACUUUGGUGCUUCGAGGAAUGUGCGCUCACUGAAGAUGAAGAGUAUGAGUUCUACCAACAGCACCGGGUUGCGCCGUUUUGAACCUUUCGGAAAUCGCAUGUAACGGCUUGCUUGGGGCAAAUUGUUGCCGGCGACUACGAAGAUAGACUUUAUGCAGUGUGCUUUGACUGUACCCAUACGAGACAUUAAUUUUACCUGUGAUUCGUAUUACCUAGUGAUUUCUAUACCCAAGUAGUGCGGUGCGGUGUGACUGUGCAGUGAUUUACUGUGAAAAUGGCGGGUUUUGUGAAAAUCGCUAUAGACGAUUAUUAUUCUGAUAAUAAUUGGACAACUAUUAUCAAUAAGUAUUGGAUGUUGGCUGAACGAGUGUCAGAUCCUCGGGUACAAGGAUGGUUCCUGUUCGACACGCCGUUACCGACGCUGGCGAUGGUGGUGGUGUACCUCAGUUUCGUGAUGGUCGCCGGCCCGCUGUGGAUGGCGAACCGCAAGCCCUUCCGGAUUCAGAACACGCUAGUCGCGUACAACGCGGGGCAGAUGCUGCUCUCAUCUUAUAUGUUUUAUGAGCACUUGAUGUCGGGCUGGUGGGGAGACUACAGCCUCACAUGUCAACCUGUGGAUUACAGCAACAGUGAAAAAGCGCAACGGAUGUUGCAUCUCUGUUGGGUAUACUACUUCUCGAAGUUGUCGGAGUUCGCGGACACGAUAUUCUUCGUGCUUCGAAAGAAGAAGAGCCAGAUCACGUGGCUCCACCUGUACCAUCACUCACUCACUCCGUUUGAGGCGUGGCUGCUUGUGAAGUUCAUUGCUGGUGGUCACGGAACCUUUUCGAACAUCGUUAACAAUCUGGUGCACGUGAUCAUGUACGCCUACUACAUGGUGGCGGCAAUGGGACCGAAGUACCACAAGUACCUCUGGUGGAAGAAACAUCUCACCACGCUGCAACUGGCCCAAUUCUUCAUGGUGCUGUUCCAUUCGAUAAGUGCCUUGGUCUGCGACUGUGGCUAUCCAAAAAUAAUAGCAGCUGGACUGAUACUCCAUUCCACAAUCUUCAUCGUCUUGUUUAUGAACUUCUACAGUCAAGCUUACAAGAAGAAGACAGCACCAGUCGAAGCAGCAAACAACAAUAACAACGUCACAGAACAACACGCUAAAACUAACGGAUAUAUUAAAAAUGGCAGCAUCUCUAAUGGACAUAUAAAGAAUGGCAUUAUCUCUAACAGAAACCUCAAGAAUGGUGAGGUAACUAAUGGCCAUGUAAGAAAUGGUAGCAUACCCAACGGACACGCCAUAAAUGGUGAUUUAAUGAACGGACACAUGCAAAAUAUCCACCUUUCCAAUGGACAUAUCAAAACUAGUGAAGUUAAUGGACAUUUUAAUGUAAGUGAAAUCAACAGACCUACAACGAAUGGUGAAAUACUCAACGGACAAGUCAGAAACCAUGAAAAUCAAAACGGUUAUGUCAAAAAUGGUUCAGUAUCACAGGAUGUCACAGACAAAAAAGUGCAAUAACCUCUGGUAUAAAAUUAGUUUAUUGCCUCUUUGUACAUUAAGCAAUGAAAGAUUUUAAGAAAUAAUUGUGACCUUCAAUGAUUUACUCUUCAUUGGUGUAUUAACAGCUCCGGCCCUUCUCUCAUGAACAAUAAAUCCUUAACAUGCUCAGAGAAAGACGUAACCUACAAGAAUUUAUCAAAAACAGGCUCCUUUCGCCACUUUAUUAAACAUUUUGUGUUCUAGUAAUUGGUUCUAGAAAUAACGUUAUUUCCAAUUGACUUUCUAAUUUAAUGUCAUAAUGAGAGUCGUCAAUAUUUUUAAAAUCUUUCCAAAAAUGUACGGUCUUUGUUAGUCAAAGUCUGUGGUUCCGUUGCGAGCUGUAAUAUAUAUUAAAUAUAUAAGAAAAUGUAAAUAAGUAUUAACUUUGUACUGAACUUUCUCUAGAGAUUUUAUUUUUAACACUUAUCAAAUGCUCAAAUUUUCUACUUUGUAUAAACUACCUCAUACAUCUUUACUAUUUUUCGUCAAACAAAAACACUUGAUAUUUGAAACUGUAUCCGUACUACACUGAAAUUAAUGAGUGCCUAAUGAAAAAAAGUAAAUCUCAACUUUAGGCUGAUAGUACUUAUUACAAGUUGUAAAAAUAAAAAUUUCUGUCCAUAACUGUGUUAGAAACGCUUCAACGCAAGAUAUGUUUUGGUUUUUAAAAAUUAAAUUAAAUAAAAAUCGGAUCUUAUUGAUUCAUUUUCCAAUAUAUUUUCUUUGCAAAUCUCUUUCUUUAUAUUUGCUUUUGGACGAAUGUGAUUAAAAAGUAUUUCCAGCCUAAAGAAUUGAUUUUGAUAAAUUUUAUUGAGCCCGCUAAACAGAUUUUUUUUUAUUUACUUAUUUCCGUUCAUACUAAGCUUUACGUAGUCUUAAGUAUCGGUAGAUGUAAAUAUUUUGAUUAUAAUUACAUUUUAAAAGGUGCAAGUGAUGCAGAAAUACUACGAAAUCGUCACAAAUAUUAAUUUUAGAUAAAUUUCAUAAAUACAUUCCAUAUUUUUAUAGCCAAAUUAUACUUAUGAUAUGAAAUAUCUUUAUUAGGUAUAUAGUUCAUGGUAAACAUACCAUGAUGUAAUUUCGCCCAAGUGUAAUAAAAUUAGUCAUAAUGACAGGAUUAUAUACAAUCUAAAUAUCACCAAACAUGCAUGAAACGUCAAAGUAUGCAAUAUCAAUUAAUGCAAGGAAAGCAAUUAUUAAGUUUUGUUUACUUAAAAUCAGAAUACAAUUUGCGAAAAAAUAUCUCCGAUUGCAGCCAAUUCGUAGGUAUUACAUGUUUUUUGAACAGGGUAGGAACUUAAAAUAAGGGUCCUGAGGUAAGGUACCAAAAUGCUCCGCAUUCAAUUUUUAGAAAGUUGGUCAAACAUAAAUAAUUAUGUAGCAAAAAUAUGUAACAUCCCCUGAAUUUACUCAUUGUAUGCAAAAACCGGUCAAAAUAUGCAAUUGCAUAUAAUCCACUCUCAAGUCAUAAUAUUAGGCAUUGCGCAGUCGGUUUCAACUUGUUGCCUAAACACAGCACACAGCUAUGAAACAUAUUCGCUGAAGCACGGUCAUUUUCAUAUUAUUUUUUCUUCGCAACAAGAUAACAACGUCUGCGCUAUGCCUUAUAGACAAAGAAUAUGUAGAAUUUAUUACAUUAUGGGCUUAUUACACCACCUAUGAGCUCCUUCCGAUAGACUUUUAGUUGAAGUACUGUGUGAUAUUUCAAUACUGCAACCAAAAUUCAUCUUUAGUGAAUUGUGAACUUCUAAGAACAUGAAUAUAAUCAUAUCAAAAUUAUUAAUAUAAAUUUAAUGGCUUCCAGUUGAAAAUGGGAUUGUUAUUAAAACCUUUAAAUAAAAUUAAUGCCAAUGUUAAGUAUACCAGUCAGUUUAGCGAAAA